AUGAACUCCCAGCUCGAAGGCGCCGUCGUUGCGCAGCCCUACAACAUUUCCGUUCUCAGCAUUUCUAGCCCCAUCAUUGCUAACGGAAUCGAUGGAAACAGGAGCCCCAUGCCUCCCCAGGCCGCCCCCUCCCCAUCCGAUGCUGCGUCUUCACCUACCGACGACGCUCCUGCCUCAGCCGAAAGCCCGGAGGUAUCUGUCACUAAUGCUGACGCUCCGACCAGCAGCGACGGCACGUCCCCUAACCCAGCUGAAGCUCCUGCCGAUUCUCCAAAUUCCCCGGCUGAUGCUGCCGAUGCCGAUAAAGCGAAAAGCAGUGCCAUGGUUUCUGGGGUCUCAUUCGCCUGGACAGUGGCGUUGGCGUCGCUGGUUGCUGCAAGUCUUUGA